AUGGAUCCUACGCUAACUGUGGUGGAAACAACUCACUAUUCGACAUCGAAUAUUCCAUUUCCAGCAUUAACUAUAUGCGACACACAGAUCGUGUACGGUCCUGCAACAAACAACAUAACUAAUUUGUUGAUCCUGCGAGGUUACAAUGAGACUGAAGUCGAGGAGUUUUACGGUAGUUUUUCAAAAGUAAAACUGAAAGAUUACAGCCCUGAACCAUUUGUAAGGAAGAUACAUUCGCUGCUUGAUGACCUUGGAUACUCUUGGGAGAUAAUGCUUGCUCAGCUCAGGAAGCCUUGUGAAGAAUUGAUUAAUGACUGCACCUGGAGAUCAAAGCUUCACAACUGCUCGACAAUGUUCAGAUCUGUAUUCACUAUCGUGGGAUAUUGUUGUCAAUUUGACAUUCCAUACUUCAGAGCGCACGCAGGCAAAUCCACCAAUUAUGUAUCCGGUGUCGAAAUCACGGAAGCUCUAAAUGUCAUGGUAGACGUGCAAAAGGAUUCAUUGGCCAGCGGUUACCUUUCGUUAUAUGUUUAUGAUCACCAAGAUGAGAUCACGUUGCUGGAUAGUCCGAUCACGUUGACACCAGGUGCCUAUUUCGACGUGAACGUAUAUCUGUGGGCUAUUGAUUCUUCACCCUUUGUUGCUGCGCUGCCCAUGAGCGUUAGGAAGUGCAUCGCUGCAAGUGAUGAAAGAGUCAGUGCUGCCUUCUACCAGGGUUGCAUGAGUCAUCUCAUUUUAAGACGUGUCGUGAAUCACUGUCGCUGUUUACCUUUUCAAUUUAAAGCCAAAACUUUGGGUGUGGAAGAUUUCCCUUCGUGCACGUGGGAGAGACUUUUGUGCAUUUACCAAAUGAUAGAAAAAACGGAAGUUGACAUCCGAGGCAUUAUAGCAGACAGCGAAUGCUACCAGAGAUGUGACUACGUGCAGUACGAAACCGAAGUGGAAUUCAUCAAGAAUCAUCGCUUAAGCACCGUCGUGAAUGAGACUAGUAGCAGAGUGUCAGUACAUUUUGCUGACACAACCUGCAUGAAGUACAGAAGGGAAGUUCUUUACACCUGGGAUCAGAUGUUGGCAAACCUAGGCGGCAUUUUUGGCCUUUGCUUAGGAGGAUCCAUUAUCAGUCUCCUUGAGAUAGUGUGGUUCCUGCUAGAUUUGCUGCAGGCAUCCGUCAAAAGCUUGAGAAAAACAACUGUGACGACACCAAACACCAAUAUCUAUCAUUUACGGAAGAAAGAGAUUAUUCGGCGUAAAUUGACUGCGUUUGAGCCGAGGCUUAAAUUUCUCAACUAAGCAUUGAGAUUUUAGAUAUUUUUAAAUUUCAAUAGCGAUAAGAUUUCUUGAUAAGUAGCAACAGGUAAAGGGAGUUGAAAGCCGGUCUGUCUAGAACGGUAAUAUAUAGGCAUACUAUUCGGCCGAUUGAAUGUUUCGAGUUAAUAUUCGUCUUAAGCUAAAUUCAAAUUAUUAUAAUAAAAUGUACUAUUUUGCUUUUUGAAAAUGUUUUAACCACAAUAAAAGUUCUAACUGAAA